AUAGCAGUUUGAUUUAUAGAACGCGCAUCACCAAAUAUUGAACAACCUAGAAUUACCUGGGACAGGCCUACUUAAGUUAGGACAAAAUGGCUGACGAGGAGAAGGCUAAGGCCGAGAAGCUUGCUGCGGCAAAGAAGAAGCUCGAGCAGAGGAAGAAGCAGAUGGCCAAGAAAGGAGGGGCUUCAAAGCAACAAGACAAGGAGAAGGAAAAAGAAGAACCUACUACCGCCGAAUCGAAGUCCGAAACAACUCCCGUAGGCGAACCGGCUAUUGAAGAUGCACCUGCAGAGCCACUAGGCUCUCCUACCACACCCAGUGCAGCCUCGUUAUCUCACCAGUCCAAACUCCGUUCUUCGUCCUUCCGCCAAGGCACAGUAUCACCUACCGGGUUCCCACUGAGCCCCGAAGGCGAGACAGCGCCUGAUAUAUACCGGAAGCAAGUGGCGCGCAUAGACGACCUAGAAAAGGAGAAUAAGAGGCUCGCAAAAGAGGCCGGCGACGCGGAAAAGCGAUGGCAAAAAGCCGAAGAAGAGCUCGCUGAUCUGCGGGAAGCCGAUCGCGAUGGUUCGGAUAGCCAAGUCGAGAAGCUAAAAUCAGAGAUCGCCGCCCUCCAACGUCAGAACUCGCAGCUCCAAUCUGCUGCUUCGAAGCGCCAUGGCUCGUCGCCUUCUAUCUCCAUGUCCUCUCCCCCAGGGGAAUUACAAGCCCAGCUAGCCUCGAAGUCCUCCACCAUAGAAACCAUGGAGCUAGAGAUCUCCCGCCUACGCGCCCAAGCUGAGCGACAAGCUUCCGCGGGUGGUACCGACCGCGAACAGAUCACAGCUCUGGAAGAGAAGCUGGCGCGGUCCGAGCAGGCUGCUAUGAAGGCGCAGCGUGAGCUUGCCGACCUUAAGCGGAAUCUAGAACGCACAACCGAGCGCGUCGUAAAGGAAGGCAGCGAGCGCACAAGCGCAGAGACAAAGCUGCGUAGUCUCGAGCAUGAAGUCGAAGACUUGAAGGGAGAAAAGGCAGAACUUGAGAAGAAGGUAGAUGCGCUAGAAAAGAAGGUCACUGCCCUCGGCACCCUGCACAAAGAGAAUGACAGCCGGUCGCAGGCCUUACGCAAAGACAAAGAACGCGCGGAGAAGGAGGCGCAAGACGCCAAGGCCAAGAUCGAGAAGCUAGAGUCCGAGAAUGCGCGUCUACGCAAGAAGGACGCUGCGGAAGGUGGCGGCGACGAUGACGGAGUCGAUGAGCUGGAAGAUGAGGAGCGCCAGCGCAUGGAGAAGAAGAUCCGCGACCUCGAGAGCGAGGUCUACGACCUGCGCCGCGGAAUCUGGCACCAGCGACGCAAGGAAAUGGAGCACGGCCCCGACGACCCCGCCCUAUUAAGUCCCGGUGGUGGGGGCUUCACGAACAUCGACCUGGGCGGGACCGGCGCGGCGCGCAAGCCCGGGAGCAGGGGCAUUGGCGAUUUCUUCGCGAGCGGUAUCAAUGCUUUGACGGGUGGUACUCCGGCCGAUGAAAAAGCCGAUAACGAAGGGUUCCUGGAUGACGACGCCGAUAUGGAGUUCGACGAGGAGGCGUUCCUGAAGGCGCAGCAGGAGGAUGCGAAGAGGAGGCUUGAGCGAGUCCGGGAACUCAAGCGUGGGUUGAAGAAUUGGGAGGGGUGGAGGCUGGAUCUUGUGGAUGCUAGGAGAGGCGGUGGGGGGUAUGGUGCUGGGGAGGUUUUUGAGGUUUGAGGUUGAGGUGUUUGGGUUAGGGAUUAGGACCUCAUGUAUGGAGAGGGACUACGUAUGAGGGGGUGGAGGGAACGCAAUAUAGAUGCGAGAUACGUGUGUAUGACUAAAGACGAGGUUCACGACCUCGUAGCUAUAAGCAAUGAAGAGUAUGCUUGAUCAUUAGGCUUGAGACCCGUAGAGCAGUUGAUUAUGAGAUGCUUAACCAGCGUAACGUGGAAAGAAUUAAGCCCCUAUUCUGGACGCUUUUAAGUGUUGAUCCACAAUAUCUUCUUAACAGAGAUCAACACUGCAAAUUAUUAUGAUAUAUUCUAUACAAUGGUAUCAUAUCCUCUUAUACAUAAUGCCCACUCCGUAUACUUCCUUUUCUCUUUCCAAGACAGAUUACAGGCAU